AGUGAAAUUAUCAGGUAUCAUGGAUACCCCAGUGAGGAAUACCAAGUUACCACGGAGGAUGGAUACAUUCUUGGUGUUUUCAGAAUUCCUGCUGGAAGGAACAGCCAAAAUACAGGGAAAAAGCCUGCAGUCUUGCUACACCAUGGUACUUUAGGCGAUGCUACCCAUUGGAUUUCUAACCUGCCCAACAACAGCCUAGGCUUCAUCCUUGCAGAUGCUGGCUAUGAUGUCUGGUUGGGAAACAGCCGAGGAGACACCUGGUCUUUAAAACACAAGACCCUUAAGCCCUGCCAGAAAGCAUUCUGGCAGUUCAGCUUCGAUGAGAUAGGUAAAUAUGAUAUUCCAGCAGAGCUGUACUUCAUCAUGAAUAAAACUGGACAGAAGGAUGUAUACUAUGUUGGUCACUCAGAGGCUUCAACUGCAGGCUUCAUAGCAUUUUCUGCUUAUCCUGAGUUGGCUCAAAGGGUUAAAGUGUUCUUUGCUUUGGGACCAGUAGCCACAAUCACAUAUGCCACCAGUUCUCUGGUAACAUUUGCACGUCUUCCCCAGUCACUGAUUAGGGUACUGCUUGGCUGCAAAGGAGUUCUGCACCAGAAUGAACUGCUGAAAGGGCCUCUAACACGAAUCUGCAGAUCUCUGGGAAAAGUUUGUGGCAGUUUCUUCAGCUACAUAGCUGGGGACAAGAUACAAAACCUGAAUACGAGUCGAAUGGAUACAUACGUAGGACAUUCCCCUGCUGGAACAUCAGUACAGAACGUUAUUCACUGGCAUCAGCUAACACGUGCAGACCAAUUUCAAGCUUAUGACUAUGGCUCUAAGGAAAACAUGAAGAAGUACAACCAGUCUACUCCUCCUGCGUACAAGAUAGAGAAGAUAAGCACACCAAUUGCUGUUUGGAGCGGUGGACUUGACAAAUUUGCAGAUCCAAAAGACAUGGCAAAGCUACUUCCUCGGAUUACUAAUCUCAUUUACCAUGAGCAUUUUCCUGCUUGGGGACAUCUUGAUUUUGUCUGGGGCCUUGAUGCGACUGAGAAAAUGUAUUGGAAAAUCAUUGAACUAAUAGCAGAACACCCUUAA